AUCCUGGUUUCCUCCAAGGCCGGUUCACUGGGGACCAACCUCACCUCGGCCUGCCGUAUGGUCAUCUUCGACCUGCCCUGGAACCCCGUCUUCAACGCACAGGCUAUUGCGCGCAUCUACCGCUUCGGCCAGACUCGACCCACCUUCGUGUACCGGUUGCUGUACGCGGCCACCUUGGAGGAGCUGGUGUACGACCUCAAUGUGGAUAAAGAGGAGCUCUUUAACAAGGUA